ACUUUAGGGGAGGUUUUUAUAUUUUACCCAAAAUACAAUCAGCCUAGGAGAAGGCACGAGAUAUUACCCACCCUAGGAUUUUAUCAUAUACACCAAAACUGCCCAAGCCUGAGACCCAAUUACAAAGUAGCCCAAAACAGAUCUCCCCUUGACACCCCUUGCUUGGCUAGAGAAUCAGCCAUUGCAUUUGCUGAUCUUCUGACCCACUGAACCCUGAUAGUCAUAUUCCUUGUCAUCCAUUUAACUUUCUUUAACAGAUCCCUGUAGCCCUAACAAGCUGUUUCUGGGCUAAUCAGCCAGCCUACUACUACCUUGGAAUCCCCUUCUACUAACAGAUUGUUCACUCCAAUUUGACUAGCCAUCUGUAUACCUUGUACCACUGCUAGUAGCUCUGCCCUUACUGAAUCACCUUCACCCACUGGUCCUGAAAUAGAGACAACAUAUUGCUGUCUCUUCUCUCAGAAUCCCACUGAUUUCGGAUGGCCCUAGGUUACCUUGGCAGCUUCCAUCAAAAUUCAAUUUUACCACACCAUCCGGUGGGGGAUUCCAUUCAAGUUGUGAUUUGAUCUUGGUGGAGAUUGUAGCAGCCACUGCAGCCCAAUUUCUCCUUAAGUCAUCAAAUGAGUAAUCUGCCAACAAGUGUGAAGAUUUUAACCAUGAGACGGUCCUUGUCAAUAUGGCGCUUGAAACCAUUCUUCCAUGGAACACAUCUUCCUUCCCAUCUUUACUAUUGACAGCUCUUCCACUUCACUGUUGCACCACCAUUAAAGAAGUCCAAUUAAAGUGAAUCAWGUCAUAAAAUCAGUAUUGAGAUCAAUAGGGUUUUCAGUUAUGUCACCCACCUCAACUCCUGGUUCAACCRCCCUGUUUCUUAMUUCAACUUGCUWUUUAACACUUGUCACCUCUUUACUCCCCUCUUCAAAAUUAAAGUUUUCCGUGGUAGUGUUCCCAACCACCCGUGCAAAGGUUCUGCUAUGCGUCAGAGGGGUUUCUUGUGUUUUAAGCCUUUGACUUUCCAUAUGUCCCAAGUCUUUUUGGCUCCCCAGAAGCUGUUGACCCAUUUUAGUAUAACUUCUAGUCUUUUUUGAAUCCUCUAAUAUGCUUCUUCCACGUACAACUUCUUCCUCAAACUCCUCACCUCCCUCCAUUCUAGCUUCCUUCCACAAGCUUGCUUCAAUGGAUGAAGCCAACCAGACUGAAACGAAAACACCCUCCACUCUUAUUUCCACCUUCCUUGGUAUAUUUUCAGGCCUCACUCUGCUCAGGAGAAUAGCCGCAGAAUGGAGGUCUCCCUAGUAAGCACCAUCCAGUUUCCCUCCACACAUAAGUGCAAUGACAUCUGCUACGUCUUGCUUCCAAAGAUGGAAAGGCAAUCCGAUUAUCCAUACCAGAACCCCAUCUUCAAUAGAGAAGUUUUUGGCAUUAGAGAGAGGAUUCCAUCUGAAGAUUGUAAUAGUUCCUAGUUCAGUCUGAAAAUUAACUACUGAGAAGUCUACUCUGUUCUCCCCAAAAUCAACUAGACCUUUACAUUUAUCAAAGGUAGUUGCAAUAAACUCACUCUCCAGCUUCAGAUUCAAGAUCAAGUAAUCUGCAACUCUCCUCCAGUCAACAGAUUGCAACCCUACAUCUAUUAUGAACUUACUAAUCCAUUUUUCCCUCUUUGAAUGUUCCAUCACCUGCACUGUCCAUUGGCUUUUGCUACAAUCACUGACUCUUGCUCCAUGUUUCCAGACAUACUGGACCUCUGAUACACCGCUUCUUCCCUCCCUGGACUCCCCUUUGUUACUUUUACUCCAUGGAGCAAAAAUUCCUCAAGCACACUACUCACUUCCCUCCAACCUUGACACUGUCUUCCUGCUGGGAAACAAACCAGCUGUUUCUUUCCUCCCUAAAAAACUCAGCCAGAGCUAUGUAGCAGCCCGUUGUAUUCUUUCUGCUUUCAACUAUAUAUUUCUUACCUUCAUCAGCUGCAAUCUCUUGCCUGUUGUUUUGCUUACCAUUCAAUCUUGCCCCUUCCACAAACUUCUGCAGCCAUUCCACUACUUCUAUCCCAGUCAACAGAACCAUAACCCUCCUUGCUUCCCUUAUUUUCAAACUCAGCUUUCCUCUACCUUUUUCUUCCUCAAACAGGAAGUACUUGGCUUAAACUUUCAGAUUUCUUCUCCAUCAACCUGCCUCAACAAAGCUUCCCUCCAUUUCUUUCUCCAUUGUCAUCUUACUGUUACCACUGCUCAACGUUUCACCUUCCUCCCUCUUCUUAUUUGGACACCACAUUUCUGCAGGAAUUUUCAGGAUUGGGAGGUAGAGAAUGCUACCAGCUUCUUAUGCUUGCUCCAAGAUACUCAGCUAAACAUAGAAAGGGAAGACGGUAGGGUGUGGAAGUGGGAGUCUGGCGGCUGUUUUUUUCUGUUAGAUCCUUUGUAAGCACCUCAUGGAGAAAAUGAGUAUCACAUUCCCGUCCAAAAUUGUGUGGAGACCCUAGCUCCAUCAAAAGUUUGCUUUCUGGUAGACAGAAGAACCAAGGGCAGUCUAAUUAGGAGGAGAAUAAAUAUUUAGGAUUUGCCCUGUAUCUUGCGCAUCAGGAAGAAGACAUGAUCGACCACCCCUUCAUACACUGCCAGGUUGCAUUUCAUGAUUUGAACUUCGAAGAGGAACGCGGAAACGAAGAAGUAAGGGCGGCGCCCCUGUUUUUCCGAGAAGAAACUGAAAAGGAAAAGGUGAAGAAAAAGGGGGCAGAGUUGUAUAGCAGAUAAGAACAAGAAACCAUGCAGUUGCAGCCCAAAAUAAAGAAAAAAAAGUUUUACAUAGCUGUCCCUCUGGAUCCUCUAUUUGUAGUCUCAGUCGCUCUUCCACUUCUCCCCCUUCUUCCCCACGUCGUUUGGAGCUCCUGCCGAGCACCUUACACCUAUUGCUAUAGAAAGGUUGAGCUCAACUUGAUUACACUAAUAUGAGCAUAUAGAAAAAGAAUACGAGAUGUCGGCCAAGAAAAUAAAGAAUCUAUUUGAAUAUCUGGAUCAAUGGGCUUGAUCGUCUGAUUGGUUUCACCAUUUCUUUCUUCUCCACCUCUCUCAAUUUGUGAGAACCGGAUCGGACAUUGAACCGAUAAUACUCGCCGUUCCGGGUUGAUGGUCAGGUCGGGUUUAAUAUUAUGGGCUAUUGGGCUUCUCUGGUUGGGUGGUCCUUGGCUCUCCUUCCAGAGAGCAAAAGAAGAGUGAAGCUGUGAAGGCUUUCGGUUUCGGAACUCGGUAUGCUUAAACCCCACCGGGUCAGUCAAGUAAUUUUAUUUUAAACCCUAGAAUUUGGAGGGAGGUUCAGACAGUCUGUGUCACACACUGUAAAGCCGUUGAUUUCGUAAAGCUUUUGGAGAAGCAUUUCCCGUCGCAAUUCUUUUCAACUCUCUCUCUCUCUGGAUGGAUUGAUUUGGGACCUUUCGUUCGUAGUGCUCCGCAUGAUGCAGAUAGCAAGAGGAGUCACGUUACCGUCUAAAUGUUGUGCUUCUCGAUUUAAGGACUCGAGAAGGGUGUUUACUGAGAUUUCCAAUGCUGUACAUGGGUCAAAGAUUUGGUGGCGUGGAAGGUCUUUUGCUGCUUCUGUUCCUUCUGACUCAUCUAAACCCAAGAGACAACAGAAAAGACUCUCAAAAGCUGAAAGACGUGCUAUGGUGGAAUCCUUUGUUGAUGAGUUCAGAGCCUCAAAUGCUGGAAAGUUCCCUACACCUUCUGUUGCCAGAAAACAUUUGGGUGGCUCGUAUUAUGUUAUCAGGCAGAUUCUUCAGGAACUAGAAUACAGAUCCAAACUACCCCCUAUAAGCAAAAAGGUUGAAACUUUGUUGGAAAAGGAAGAAGUAGUUAAGCAUGAAACACAAAUAAAAGUUGAAGAUAAAUUAAGCUGUGAAGCUACAAUGAGUUGCACCUCUUGUGAACCUGACUUGAGAAUUGAGGAAAAUAAUCACAUGACAAUCAUUGAUAACAAGGAGGUGGAUGAAGCAGCUAGCCAGCAUUUUAAAGCAAAAGAAGACUUGAGAAUUGAGGAAAAUAAUCACAUGACAGCUAUUGGUAACAAGGAAAUGGAUGAAGCAGCUAGCCAACAUUUUAAAGCAAAAGAAGGUCCUAAAGUUUCUCCUUGGAUUGAGAAUGCCUUAUCCAAAGAGUCUGAAGGCCCUACACCAACAGUUAGUCACUCUUCAGUUGGAACACCUAGUAUUCAGAGAAAACUGGAAAGCAAGGAUGUUCUUUAUCCAUAUCCUGAAAAACUAGAAAACAGUGAACAAAAAGAAGCUACUCAUGAAAAUUUGUUAGAUUCAAAUGGUCAAAAAGGAGACAUCAUGAAGGAGGCUGGUAAAGAAACACAUGAAUCAGAUAGAUUUGAAAGAGACAUUGCUAAAGAGAACAAAGAAGAACCGUCACAAAAGAGAUCAACUGUGUGGGGAAGCCUUAAGUCAUUUGCUGAUGGUAUCAUCAACCUAUGGAGAAAAAUGUAAAUCUUUGCCAAGCUAGAUGGUCUCAAUCAUGCUUAGAUUUUGUCCUAAUCACAAGGUCUCAAGGGAAUUGAACAUGAUAGCAUCUCAAUUGCAGAAAGCAGGGUUUUGUACCUGUGUUAGCAUCCAAGUUACUUGGAUUUUCAUACAUAACAAAAAAAUUGGCUGGAUUCUAAACAGAGAUGACUCACUGGGUAAGGUGAUGUCCUAAUUAAGCACUCCAUUUUGGAGGGGUGUGGAAUAUAUCAGAGUUGUAGCUUAAUGGUGUAAUGGAGAAUCUUUCUGGUUACCAAGGAAAAUCCAAAAAAAAAAAGAAAAAAAUUCUUUCAUUA